AUGAUGCGCAGACGCCACAAGAAAUCACGCCGGGGAUGUCUGGAGUGCAAGAAGCGGCAUAUCAAGUGCGAUGAAACCCGGCCACGGUGCAUCAACUGCACGACUGUGGAGAGGGAGUGCCAGUACUCGACCCCUGGAUAUCAAUCACCUUCCGAGACCUCCGGGAGUCCCGCGCCGGUAUCUCAACAGACGCCCUUCCCAGGCUCCGUCUCGACCCCUGCCUCGGUGGCGGCCUCGGACCACAGCAUGCCCGCUCCGGCUCUCUCGCCGGAGGCACCGGCACCACCUAUGCUGGACAUGCGAACUUUUCCUCACACUGGGGACAUGAACGGCAAAGUCGACAUCGUGCACAUGCAGCUGUUUUAUCACUACGUGACCAAUCACUCGGUCAUCUAUCCGUUUGUCGAUUACGAUGGUGGACUGAAACGCAUCAUUAUCGAAGUUGCCCUCCGAGAGCCGUUUCUUUUGCACUCGAUCCUCGCAAUGGCAAGCCGGCAUCUGAGCAUGACCGGAACCGGCAACACGGCCUACUACCACGACCUUGCCAUUGAGCUUCAGACGCAAGCCUUGUCUCUAUUCAACAGCUUCAAUGUCGAGCAUUUUGCCCAGUCGAUCGAGCGACGAGUGCCCGUCUUCCUGUUCUCUGCGAUCCUAGGCUUCCAUGCCUUGUGCGACAUGCUGGCGUACCAAGACGACACCUAUUCCUCCAACCUGGCCAGGCUUACAGGAUACUUUCGUCUCCAUCGAGGCAUUCUUUCCGUUAUGGAAGGCCACUGGGAAGAUCUCAAGAAGACAGAGCUUAGCAUCCUCUUUGACCACAUCGUCCCUCGUUGGUAUGAGAUCAGUGAUGAUGACGGGGGCUCGGAUUGCGACGACAUCAAACAACGAAUUCGGGAAUCCCCAGAUCUGGAUGACGGGCAGCGGGAGGCGUUUUUCAAGGUCCUCAAGUAUCUCCAGUGGGUGUUUGAUGCCACGCCCAACUAUCGCAGCCGAGCUCAUAUGUUGUGCAGUUUUGCUGUGAUGAUUCCUAGACCCUUUGUCGACGCUGUCGAGGUAGGCAAGCCUGAAGCGCUGGCCAUACUCGCCUACUUUUAUGUCGCCCUGCAUUUCUGUCGUGACAUCUGGCUGAUUGGAAACUCGGGCCAGUUUCUGUUGACAUCGGUCGCCACUCACCUCAACCAGCUCGGCCCAGAGUGGUCGGCCUGGUUGGAGAAGCCAUGUCAAAUGCUGCGGGAGUCUUUGGAGGAGGACAAACUCAACACCCGGUCCUCUGCCACCAGCAUCGCCUCGGCUUCACCCCUGCCAACCUGGAGCCAUUCAGGACUCGACGAUCCAUGA